AUGUGCCCCCUGGCUCUGCUGCUGCUCGGGCUGCACUUGGCUGGCGCCGGCUUCAAGAUCUGUGCCUUCAACGCACACGGCUUCGGGGAGGCCAAAUCAGGCAACACCUGGGUGAUGGGUGCACUCAUCCUGGCGCGCUGCGACAUUGCUGCCGUGCAGGAGGUCCGGGACAUGAAGGGUGAUGCCGUGCAGGCCCUGCUGCGGGAGCUGAACAGGUACGAUCCAUCCCACAGCUACGCACACCUGGGCAGCCGGAGACUUGGCCGCGGGACCUACAAGGAGCAGAUCGUCUUCCUAUAUCGGGCGGACCUGGUGACGGUCACCGAUUGGUACCAGUUUGGGGAGGCUGGAGACUUUGCCCGGGGGCCCUUUGCUGCCCGCUUCCAUGUGCCUAGCACAGCCAUCAAGGACUUUGUGCUGCUCUCACAUCAUGCCAGCCCCCUAUGCCCGGAUUCCCAUCUUGCUCUCUCUCCCCCCCAGAACGUGAUGGUGCUGGGGGACUUAAAUGCAGGGGGGGCCUAUGUCCCCCACGACGCCUGGGGGUCCAUCCGGCUGCGCUGGGAUCCCCGCUUCCACUGGCUGAUCGGGGAUGGCGUCAAUACCACUGUGCGAGCCCGGACCCACUGCGCCUACGACAGGUACUUGGGUAGCCUGGGGGGACCAGCAGAGGGAUGUGGGGGUCCCCCUAUAGCAGGGAGAACUGGGGAGCAGAGAGCCCCUGGCAAAGGCCAUCAGUUAACCUCUGGGGGAAAGCAGUAGGGGUCAGAGACAGACUGCCUCUCUCCACUCUGCAGCCCCCAACCUUGGGGUUGCUCUGCACUGGUGCAGG